GCUGCUGUCCCGGUCUCCAGCGAGUGACGCCGGGCGUCUGCCGAGAGCGGGCGCGAUGCCGGUCCAUUCGCGGGAGAAGAAAGAAAACAAUCACGAUGAGAUGGAGGUGGACUACGGGGAAAACGAGGGCAGCAGCUCCGAGGAAGAGGAGUCCGAGAGCUCGUCCGUGUCCGAGGAGGGGGACAGCUCAGAAAUGGAUGAUGAGGAUUGUGAAAGAAGAAGAAUGGAGUGUUUAGAUGAGAUGUCUGAUCUUGAAAAACAGUUUACAGAUCUCAAAGAUCAACUUUACAAAGAGAGAUUAAGCCAAGUGGAUGCAAAACUACAGGAGGUCAUUGCGGGAAAGGCGCCCGAGUACUUGGAACCACUGGCAGCUCUGCAAGAAAACAUGCAAAUCCGAACAAAAGUGGCAGGUAUCUACAGAGAACUCUGCUUGGAAUCCGUGAAAAACAAGUAUGAAUGUGAAAUUCAGGCAUCCCGACAGCACUGUGAGAGUGAAAAGCUCUUGUUGUAUGACACUGUUCAGAGUGAACUAGAAGAGAAAAUCAGACGGCUUGAAGAAGACCGGCAUAGUAUUGAUAUUACCUCAGAGUUAUGGAAUGAUGAACUUCAAUCUAGGAAAAAAAGGAAGGAUCUAUUUAGUCCAGAGAAGAAGAAACCUGUUGUUGUAUCAGGGCCCUAUAUUGUGUAUAUGCUACAAGAUCUUGAUAUACUUGAAGACUGGACAACAAUAAGGAAAGCAAUGGCUACGUUGGGACCACAUAGAGUGAAAGCAGAACCACCUGUCAAGUUGGAAAAACACCUACACAGCACACGAUCUGAGGAAGGAAGACUCUAUUAUAAUGGGGAAUGGUAUGGACGUGGACAGACAAUAUGUAUUGAUAGGAAAGACGAAUGCCCUACAAGUGCUAUAAUUACAACAAUUAACCAUGAUGAAGUGUGGUUUAAGAGGCCUGAUGGAAGCAAAUCCAAACUAUAUAUUUCCCAGCUACAGAAAGGAAAAUAUUCCAUCAGACAUAAUCACAACUGACUAUUAAACUAACCAGACAGUGUUAGCCUGCUUGAAGUGUCAUAAGAUGGAAGAUGUAUUUACUGUGUGCUCUCAUCUAUCUUUGUGGCAGUAUCUGUGUAUUUUUAGUAGUAUAAGUAAUCUUCAUGCAGAUGUCUUAGAAUAGGUGACACAUAAUCAUGUUGAACAUGAUGUUUUGCCUUUAAUUUGAGUUCAGUGCCUGACACAGAAAAUAGCUUUGGAUUGUCUGGAAUUCAUGGUUAAGACUGCAGUCCUGUAAAGCUUUGUGCAUGCAAGAGCUAGAAAUGUACAUUCAGGCACUUCUAUUUUUAUUUUUUCCUGCAACUGAAUCAAGAAGUCAGUUAUGAAGUUGUUUAAUUGCAGAGGUGGUAGAGGGGAGUUGAAAAAGGAUGCGGUGGAACUAUUUUCUCUGGGUAUUUGUAUAAUUCUUCAUCAUAUGGAUCUGUGGCUUCCAGAUGUUGCUGAACUACAACUCCCAGCAUCCCUUACCAUUGGUCCUAUGAGCUAGAGCUGCUGGGCUUCUCCACCUCUGAUACUGGCACCUAGCUUUUUAGGGUUAUACUCUAAAAAUCAGUUGUAUAAAAUUGAAAGUAGUAGGCAGUUAUCUAAAAUCAUGUAAUUGUGAGGUCCGUUGCUGCAUAGCAAUUGCUCUUUUUAGCAGUCUUACUUGUCUUGCAAACGUAGAUUACCUUUUGCAAGAGUUACAUGGGUAUAGUCUAGUGGUGAAUUUUUUUUUAAAUUAACUGAAAACAACAAAAAGUGGGGAUCCCAAAGAGUUGGUCUAGUUGUGCUACUUGAGACAAAUUGUUACCAGUUUCUUUGUAAUUACGAAAAUAGAAAGUAGCCAUAAAGACAUUGCUUCAAGGCAAAUGGCACUAUAUCUCAUCGUAUUAAAUCCCCUUUCUCUUCAAGUUAAAAGUGCCAGUUCUAUAAAUGAUGAAAUAAUAACCAAAAGUAUUGCUGCAUAUACUGCAUAUUGACCUAUAAUAAAAUGUAUCUAUAGUUAAGCAAUGUGUAAUCUUUCAAAAUUGUAUAUUGGGCAGAAAAAAUAUAGUGUUUGCUGCUUCAAAAUCCUAGAAAGGUUUGGGUUUGUAAAAUUUGAUAUUGAGGUAAGAUCUUCUAGCUUUACAUGUUUGAGGCACAUAGAAGGGGGUGUGGUGGGUGCGGGGAGAAGACAUUAUUUGGUGGUUUCUGUGCACUUUAAAUCCAUUAAGAUGAACUUUUGGAAAAAGCCUUUGUCUGAUGGAAAAGCCUGCCAAAAGUGUUUUUAUGCUUGUGCUUAGAUUGGUGCUAAAUCUGACUCUUAAUAUGCAGCCUCAAUCUUUUUUUUUAGUCCUGAGUUAGAGAUUCAGUGGAUAAAGUAAUAAUCAUCUCAACUCCAUAUCCAGCAAACAUUGUAAUGACAAGGAUGGGUAGCUAUAUAAAGAAAGCUGAAACUUAUUUAUAGUGGAGAUGUGAACACAGUCAUCCCUGGAAGACAUAGAUACCAGAAGGUUGUAUGAAUCAGCCACUUAGCUGCAGGCAAACGUUUUUAUCUGUUCUUUUACUUGAGUUUUAAAGGUCUUGGAGGGGAAUGUUGCUUAAAUCUCAAUUCAGUGGUCUUGAUUCUGACAACUUUCAAGUCCUUGCCGUGACAGCUUUUGGCAACCAGAAGAAUAUCACCUUCAGUUAUCAGAAAGUGCCUGCCACUAUUCAGAGAUGGCUUUGUGUGUCUUGGAAUGUAUUUAUUUUGUUUCUGGCAUGAAGGAUCGGCAACAUCUGCUUUUGUAUAGAUCCAUAGGUUGGAAGCAUAUCUGUCUCUGUCUGCAAUGUGUUACAAACUCUUUGUUACAGUUACUAAGUCUCAAAACAAUAAAACUGCUUUCAACUUUUUGUGGGAACAUAUUUGCUGAUAAUGGAAAACAGUUUGACCAUUGCCAAAAGUCUACCGAAAACUGGGCUUAUAUAUUUAAUUCAGAGGAGUAAUCUUCUUACUCUGCAUAACACUCAUAUUAGCCAAACGUAUAUAAAGUAUUAAUGACAGGUUGGCUUUGACAACCCCUCUGUAUGUACACAGUUUGAUAAAGCUUUUUUUGUAAUGAUGAAAUAUUUGUAUUUUUUAACCUAGUGUAUAAAUAAAAUAACUCGUCAUGGAGAA